AUGGAAAUCAUGGAGCUCGUUGACAACAGACCACAAUCUCACCGCUUCAACUGCGAUUGGAAGACGUGCAAUAAGGGAUUCAAGCGCAAAUCCGACUUGCAACGACACUACCGAAUUCACACAAACGACCGGCCGUUCCCGUGCCCAGCGCCAGGCUGCGAGUCAAGCUUCAUCCAGAGAAGUGCUCUGACGGUUCACUUACGAAUUCACACUGGAGAAAAGCCCUAUGAGUGCCAGUAUCCCGGCUGUGACAAGCGGUUCGCAGAUUCUUCCAGCUUUUCUCGACAUCGUCGAUUACAUGUAGGAAAACGCCCUUACACAUGCGCCGUUGCCACAUGCAGGAAACACUUCGUCCGAAAAGUGGCAAUGGUGCAACACCACAAACUCCAUCACAGAACCAACGACGACUCUAAGGAAUUCACGGACCAAUGUUGGAACUCGUCGCCACGCCACGAUGAGGUAGCCGCUACAAGUACUGCUGUCAUGAUGCCACCAAGGGUUGAUGCAGCGUCGAGGGAGAGCCCACGGGCCGCAGGACACAUCAGCUCCACUGAACUUCAUAGCCACGAUCGCGCUGGAGUUGCCGAACGUUUCGCAGAAUCUCCCCUCGCCAACUCGUACAGACAACCAUAUGGAAGAGUCCACUACGACUACUCGACGGCCGACGGGCAGUUCUUUUACGAUGAUUCCCACAGUUCCCAGGGAUCGGAGCAAGCUUCAAGUCCAAUUGACGACUUCGCGAGCCAACAAUUAAGGCAACCGCAAUCCUUCCAGACGUCCCGGCUGGUGGGGCCGGGCGCCGCACAAAAUCCGGGCCUGCAUGCGGGAUAUCGCCGGCGGGAACCAGCGCGCAUUCGGACGGUGAUCAGGAUUGCAUGCAUGGCGGCGGGGACCCGUGGUGGACUCAAGGUCGCUUCGAGCCUCUUUAAAACUAGUUGGUUGAGUUAG